GGAGGGGGAACCUGGAAUGGGAAAGGGGGGGUCAGAUAGGUAGGUGGUGACGACCAAGAAUCACAUCAACGCUAUGGACACCCACGCCCGGCCACAAUCUGUGUCUUGCUCUUGUGCCUCGUGGGAAACACAAAAAAAAAGACGGAAGAAUGGAGGACGAGGACGGGGACGAGGACUGGGACAGAGGUACCAAAAGCAUUUGAGUUUGGCUGGGCUGGGGUGGUGGAGGUGUUCGAUGCCCUGUCAAAUGGUCUGCUGGUCGGAGAAUUUUUAGUGCCUGGCUGUAAAAGUGACUUUGGUGCUGAAGGUCAACCGACAAUAAAAUGGCCAACUGCCCACCUCCCCCCUUCGUUUCCUUUCCUGCUUCAUUUCCCGUCUCAUUUUUGCCCUUUUUUUCUUCCCCUUCCCACCGUCUGGAUUGUUUUACAGCGUUGUUGCUGAUUCUGCUGCCAUAUGAACAAGGCGUUGCUAUCAUUCUUCAAGUCCCUUUGCCCCAGAACGGACCCAGCGCUGUUAGUGCAAACGGCCAGUGGGAGCAGCACAAGAAUAACAAGAUGACAACGACAACAUUUCCAGCGACACGUGGGGGGUUUGGGAAACUGAGGGAGAGGGAAUGAGAAACGAUGUCAUCAUCACCAGAUUCUCGACUACGACCAGCACUGGAUGGAUUGACGAGCAUGGGCUCAUUAGGGGUGGGAGGACCACCCAGGGCGGGCAGGCCAGGAUCACCUCCACGACCCCAAUCCACUUCGCUCAAAUCCGGGGCCCUGGGAAACGGCCUGAAUGAGACAGGACUGGGCCAUCAAACAUGCGACAACCUCCUCUGCUGGCAGUUCGACAACUGCAAGAGAGAAAGGGAAUGAGCAUGGCUGUUGUCAUUUUCAGGCUGGAAUGUGCGGCAAAACAGGCACCAGACGACUGCUGGGCCAAGUCCAAGUCAUGCGGUGAUUAUCGGCGGGGCAGCAAUGCGGGAGGUGCGGCGGUCUGUCGGCGGUCAAGCGAGUCGCCAAAUCUAGGCGCCGGUACAUCUUGGGCGUCGGCAAUGAGGACUCUUUCAAUUCUGGCGACACUCUUCAUACGGAUUUCUCCUCAUUUGUGUGACUUUUUUCCGUCACCGAGUGCUGCUCUUUGGGUUUGACUGUGGAGCGAUUGGCUGCUGGUCGGGCCAAAGCCCAUCCACCCAUUAUCAGCAUCUCUGUCCCAUCAUGAUCAAGACUUCAACGCCAACCAUCCACCACUCUGUCACCGGGUCGGCUACCCCUGAGUAUAAAGGGACAUGGCUGCCCAUCGGAAAACAUGCCCGUUCAUUUAUACUUCAUCCUCCUCGAGCUCGCUCCCGCAACAACCAUGGCACGAGCAUCGUGAGACCCUUCCCAGGAUGUCAAGAUCACCAUGAGCACACAGCAAAAACACCCUCACCUCCUAUUCUGGCUUUCGAAAAGUGUGACGCUUUGUUGGAUAUUGGACGGCCAGAAUUUCCCUGGUUUCUGAAGCCAAGGAAUAUCACUUUCGAUGCAUAAGGCGUCUCUGUUCAUGACCUUGUCAGAAACGGCUGACAGGGCUGUGAGGUGCCAUUGGAAAACGCUGGCCAUGAUGGUGAACGGCCAGAGCGUCAGAGGCUCAGACAGAGCCUUUGGUGGAAACACACGGUGCACGGGCCACUGUUUUGGAUGUCGCGCCUUAUCUGUGGCUCUGAUUGGUCAUAGAGAGCGGGAUGGACCCGCAAGACUAGGCCGUUUCAGGAGGGCCCCAAGGUUUGUCCGGCUGAAAAGCAACCAGCGUUCCUUUUCGCGGCGUGCGCUCUGUCACAGCACAGCACCACUGGACAGUGGACAUCCGACAAGCACGCGCGACCUGGGUACUGAGGUCUGGCAAAAGCCGGGACUUCGUGGUGGUGACUGUGGAAGUCUCGAGCUUUGGGUGACCACCCGAGAGGCGCUGACGGCGAAAAAUUCUCGCGGCUCCAGCAUCAACCUCCGGACUCUUAGUUUCGAUUGGAUAAACGACGGCGCUGUUCCCUCUCACAAUGGCAACGGCUUUGCGAUCGCCGACCCGGCUGCUGUUGCCGGCGUCAUGAUGGACCCUUCGGCCUUUAUGGGAAAUCCCGCCCAAUUCAACCCGCAGUUCGCGAACCCCCAGCAACUCGCCAUGCAGAAUACCCCGAUGCGCAAUGCCUCGCCGUCCUUUCCGAACGCGAUGUAUCAGACCAACUCAGUCAUCCCAUCGAAACGGGCUCGUCCCAGAGAAGAUAGCAUCGGACAGUCACCGCGACAGGCACCCGGCAUGCUGCCAACCUCACGCGCCGAGACACCCCAGCAGUCGCCGUUUCCGGGCUAUCAACCACCAGGCAUGGCGCAACAACAAGGUGGCCAGCCGUCCCCAUACCCUCAUCUUCAGCAAAACGGCUCGGCCAAUGCUACUCCGUCUCCCAUAAUGAGCAACCAGAUGCGGCCAGGCAGUGUGCCACAGAGGGUGUCGACCGCAUCUCCCCAUCCAUUCUCGCCUGCCGCGCAACAAUUCCCACAGACGUCGCCGGUUCCAUCUGAGCACGGAGGAAACCCGCAGGCUUUUAUGCAACAGAAUGCCUUUCCACAAGGCUUUAAUCCUCAAUUCACGGCCCAAUCUCCUGCGAGGCCGUCGCCGUCGCCUAAUCCCAUGGGAAACCCCAUGAUGGCUCAGCACAUGACCCAGAUGCAAGGUCAGCUUCCCCAGCAAAUACAACAGAUGCCUCAGCAAAUGCAAAAUCCAAUGGCGGGUCAGAUGCAAAACAUGAUGCUGCAGCAACAGAUGGGCCAAGGGCGCGGCGCAAUGGAUCCCCAAAAACAGCAGCAACUUCUGUAUCAAAUGCAGAUGCAGCAGCAGCGGUCACUACAACAGCAAAUCAAUGCUCAGAACAUGAUGCAAAUUGCUCCAAACGCAAACUUGACACCGGCUCAAAUCCAAGCCCAAGCUCACGUCCAGGCUCAAGUUCAGCACCAAGCUCAGCAGAGGAAUAUGAUGGCCGGCAGACCAGGUGUUCCGAACGGACAAAUGCCACCAGGAGGAAUGAGGCCCCAACAAGGCAUACCGGCACAACAGUUUUUGAGGCAGGUUCCUCCAGCCCAGUUUCUAAAUCAACUCCGCGCCUUUUUUGCCUCGAGCGGUCAGGUGAUGGACCAAACGGUUCCCACCAUUGGGAACCAGCCUAUCGAUCUACAAGCUUUGUUCCACGCAGUCAUGAAAUUUGGAGGAUACCGUGCCGUCACACAAUCAAAUGGUUGGGUCCAGGUAUCCAUGGCCCUGAAUAUCCACCCGCAGCAAGUACCGGCGGCACCCUCCCACUUCAAAGCAAUCUACGAGCGGUGGCUGUUCAAGUAUGAGGAAAUGGUCAAGAUGCGCAUGCAGCAGGGAGGGAUGCAGAAGGCUCCGCAGAUGGCCCCAGGAACGCCUACUAAGAUUAUGCCUCCUGGCCAGAUGCCGGGGCAGAUGAUGCAGCCCGGUCAGCCAUCACCACUCCAGCAAGGUCCGAUGCCGUCGCCAGCCAAGCCUCCAGGUGGACAGCAAGCCGGCAUGAACGGUUUCCCGGUUCACGGUCAACAGCCCAUGAUGCCUAGCCAGACCCACCAACAGCGCCACAGCUUGUCCAGAAGCAUACAGGCCACGCCCACGAAUGAGGACUUUUCUAUGCAGUCUCCUGCCCAAGGAAAACCUGGCAGCAUGUCUGUCCCCGGCUCGGCGCAGGCAGAAAAUCAGGGAAUGGCUGAGGAAUUGGCGGGCACCGCCAAGUUUGCCGCCCCCUUUGCCACGAAUCCCGAGGAGUACAUGCCGUCUUCUCGGGAACACAUAUCAUAUGGAGGAGUUGACGCUAGCCUGAUCAAGGUUGGCGAGGAGCUCCAAAACGCCAGGAUCGACCUGCCAGCUGCCUAUGAACUCGGGAAUGUCGAUCUCCAUGCUAUCACCAAGAGUCUCCAAAGCGGCAUUCAUGGCGAAGUUCGGCUUGCCCUCGAUGUCCUUGCAAGGAUUACGGCCAGUGACUUCCACUCUUUCGCGCCGACCAACACUAUCCCGAUCCCUCAAAUUGAACUCAAGUUCUGUCCCGAGCUAGUAGAGGCGCUAGUAGACUGCGCAGAAGAGCAGAUUGAGCUACUCGCCGAAAGUUCGGAGGAGGCGUCCAACGAGAUUGUUAUUUUGCCCUAUGAGGAUAUUGUCCGGGCUUGUCGCAUCGAUAGGCUUACCGUCAAGAGCAUCCCGGUCCAUGGUUCCUCGGAGUAUGACCUUGAGCGCGCGGCUGACAGGCUCAUAUGCAUCACAACUAUCUUCCGCAACAUGUCCUGGCGCGAUGAUAACCAUCCGGCUCUCGCCGAUGAAGCCGUCAUCAAGUUGUUGUGCGUGGUCAUUAGAUACAUGGGAACACGCGAAAUGCUGCUUCGGAGCAACGCAAACACACUGGAUAUCAUGAAGGAUCUGGUCACACUACUCAGCAACAUUGCUGGUGCGAUUGAAAUACCAGGGCGAGAACAGGCCUUUUGCCUGUUGCAAUUUCUGCUCGCCUUUGCACCCAAUCCACCCCCGACGAUGGUGAACGGCAAGCUGUACUUUUCAGUCUACGACCCUCGGUCGCACCCCUAUCUCCCACACGCCGUUGAUUCGCUGGCCAAACUACUCGCGCGGGACGAACCGAAUCGGACACACUACAAGGCCAUCUUCACGAAUGAGUCUAUGCUCAACACGUCUCCGCCCUGCGAACUGCUCACCAGAGCCUUUGCGCUUGCUAUCGCCCCUAUUCCCGACUGCACCAAGGAACCUCGCCACCCGUUGCCCCCGCUCGUCGAGGUUCGGAAACCCAUCAUCAUGCAAGGUCUCCUCGCUGCCGACAUUAUGGCCGGGCUGGCGCCGGAGUUUGACAGCGGAGUGGCGCGAUCAUGGCUGGCCUCGGGUAAUGGGUUUGCGCAGAACUUGUAUGCGCUCGUCCGGCAAAUCAGCAGUCUGUACGAAAACCAGGUUAUGAGGCCAGGGCGUGGCCCGCCAAAGCGAGAUGCCGAGCUCGUCUACAUCUCCUCGGUCGGCAUCAACUUGAUCAGGAGGUUGUGCGAGAAGGCUAGGGACCCCCACCGCCCAGCAGGUGAGAGCGGUAUUCCGCCCGAGAUCCUGCCGGCGAGGGAAAGUGUCUUGCAGGCUCUGCAGAUGCAUGCCAGGGAAUGGACCGUGGAAGGGAUGUUGACUGACUUGGUCGCGUAUGCCCGCCUGGUCCGCUGA